AUAAGGUGGUGAGCUAAAACAACCAAUAUCAUUCAGCUAUUGCACUUUUUAAGUUUAGCACAUGGGUUGAUUUACUACCUAAAUGCUGUGUGUUUCUUCAUGAAUACUCAUUCUUUUCACCGGCAACAGAUCAUAAUAGUAGUGAAUACAGUUUAACAUAAUAUAAUAUAAAAAAAUAUAGUAUUUCCAAAAAUGGACAGUUCACAAAAUUAAUUGGAAAAUGGAAACCUCUGUAGUUCAAGUUCAUAACCGUUCAGAUUUAGUCAGAGAUUAUGUUUGCGGCGCCUGCGAAAGUAAAAAUAUUCAAGAAAUUGCUGAUUAUUUUUGUGCAUCGUGCACAAAGUUUUUCUGCGGAAAAUGUGUUUAUUUCCAUGAUCAAUUAUAUGCAAACCAUCCCAAAUAUGGAAGAGAGGAAACAUAUAAAUGGCCUCUUACAAAGACAAUGGAGGAUUUACUACUAAAAUGUGAUGUCCACAAAGACAACAAACUGACAAUGUUUUGCCAGGACCAUGGUCAGCUGUGUUGCACUGAUUGUGCUUUUCUAAAACACAGGCAUUGUGCCAAUGUGACUGCAAUUUGUGAUUCAGUAAAAAAGAUGGCAGUGGAUAUGCAACAGUUGUCAAACAGUAUUCAAACUAGUCUUGAUGAACUCAAUACGUUUAAGAGUACACAUGAGGCCAGCAUUCAGUCUGUGGAGGAAUCAUAUAGUGAAAGACUGAAAGAAAUCCAAGACCUGCGAAAGAAAUUGAAUGCUGCUUUGGAUGCACUAGAAAAUACAACCAUGAAAGAACUGGAUGAAAUUAGGGUCACAUUGCAAACUGCUCUUAAAAAAGAUGUUGACAACUGCAACAGACUGAAGGAUGAACUUAAACAGCUCAGUGAAGCUGUUAAUGUCCUUUUUGACAAGAGCAAGACAGAAAUUGAGUUUAUAGCCAGCAGAAAAUGUCUGGACAAAAUAGAAGAGUGCAAGACAUAUCUGAAGGAGAACCCUGUGAAGUUGCAGAGGUCACUGAUAUUCCAGGCAAGCAUUGACAUUGAGCAGUACCUGACUCAACAGGCAAGUCUAAGGAGGAUUGUAGUCAGUAUGCAGUCUCUCACAGUCAAGAUGAAUCCAGACUGGAUCUUGACUGUGAAGAGAAAUGUGUAUUUGAUGAGCAUAUCAAGUGACCCACGUCAGACUUGCCGCAUCACUGGCAUUUGCUGUCUUCCUAGUGGCCAAUUCGUCGUUACGGAUGAAUGUAAUCGCAAAGUGAUGCUGUUGGAUUAGCAUUACAACGUGUCCAGUCACUGUGAUGUGUCUGGUUUACCAGGGGACGUUUGCCAAAUCACAUCCAGUGAGGUGGCUGUAGUUGUUCGAAAUUAUGUGCAGUUUAUCUCUGUGAGCAAUGGACAGCUGGUGAAUGGAAGGAAGUUCCAUUUAUCACCUGAUGGUCAUAGUAUCGCCCACCAUCAGGGAGCGUUGUAUGUCACCUCUGACACGGCUCUGUGCCACUAUACUCUGACUGGAUCACUUGUAAAAAAUACUGUACAAGGAUAUGAAUUACUCUUGUUCAGUGUGGAAAUGUGCAGUGAGUCCUGCUGGAGACAGGAUCUAUGUCACCAACUUAUUUCAGAACAAGCUCAUCACUCUGGCUUCAGAUGGCGCCCUGAUAUCCACCUUCAUGGACCCUGAACUACAAAACCCAUGGGGUGUCCAUGUAACAUCAUCAGGACAAGUCCUUGUCUGUGGACGCGACUCUAAUACAGUCAUACAGGUGGAUCAUCAGGGAAGAAAGAAACUGGCAACUCUGGUAUCACAGGAAGAUGCUGUGAAAUUUCCAGUGUCUGUAUGCUACAAUACCAACCUUCGCCAGAUCAUUAUUGGACUUAAUGAUAACAAUGAAAUGAUGUGUGUGGAUAUAAAAUAGCUUUUCAUGUUGAAAAAGACCAGCAAUGAUAUAAAGACAGUUAUAAAUGUUAUUUCCAAUUGUUUUCUGUUACAUAUUUUAUUAUAAAUGUUAAUGUCUCUGAAGGACAAGCAAACUCAUACAGUUUAUCUUUUGUUAACAAUUAGCUAAUCUUUAUUUUGAAAAGGAGUGUUGAUAAUUUUCUCUAGAUUGUACCAUUUAAGAUAAGCCUGAUAUGAUGACAAUCUAUAAUGUUGAUGCUGAUUAGAUCUUCAGUCCUGCUCCAUAUUAGGCCAACAUCAAAAAUAUCUUUGUUUGCCAUGACCUUUCUUAUCAAACAAGUUGACCCUACUCAAAGUAUUAAAUGGGGUAAAAAAAAAAAAAAUCUUGAUUACCCAGUAAUCUAUCAUUUGUCAUUGACCUUUAAUUAAUGAUAUCGACUGCAAACCAACUUAUAAUUGGUCAAAUAGACAUUUACUGCCUUGUGUCAUAGAGUACCCUUUCAAAAUGUUCAAGACUGCACAUGCAGUUCUGGUUGCAAACAAUUAUUUUACUACCUACCUACCCGUUGCCAGCAAUCUUGGCUUGGCAAUAGCAAGUAAACAAUCAAUUGUUAGGCUUGGCCUUAGGUAUUGUUUGUUACAAAACAAAUGAGUCGUGCUCUGUGAAAAGGGGGUGCUAUGCAUGUGCUUAAAGUGUCGUCCCAGAUUAGCCUGUGUAGUCUGCACAGGCUGAUCGGGGACAGCAGUUUCCGCUUUUAUGGUAUUUUCUGGAUAGGGCUUAACAAAAAUCCAGUUUAGGCGGAAAGUGUUGUCCCUGAUUAGCCUGUGCACAAGCUAAUCUGGGACGACACUUUAUGCACAUGCAUUAAACCCCAUUUUCACACAGUAUGGCUCAAAUGUUAUAAUUUAUAUAUGGCAAUACAUGUACCAGUAUUGUAUUCCAAUUAUUAUUUGUAUGUAUUAAUAUUUUAUCAUUUGUAUAUUUUUAGAUUUUUUUUUCUUAAUCCAUUAUAUUUAAGAGAAAAAUAUGUUUCUGUUAUUUAUUAUUCUUUUAUGAAAUUUCUGGUAUUCUGAAUUUGUGCCACAUUUUGUGUAUGUGUGCCUAUGGUAACGUAUUGCAGUCAUUAUACUACAAAACCUAUGUUUUCGUAAAAACUACACUCCGCAAUUCAAUAAAAUGUUACAAUUA